GCGCGUGUCGGCCAGAAUUGAGCCGGCCUGUCCAGUGUUUGUCCCCGCGUCUUUUUUUGCCUUCCAUCCAUACUCAUAGAUACAGUACUUCUCUUCCUUCGUUUUUUCCCAGAGAGAGAAAAGAAAAAGGUUCCUUUCAGUUCGAUAAAGGGUAAAUCCUCGCCUCACAUAGAGAGAUCGGUGGAUCAACAAUGGCUCCUGCCACUGAACGAGAGAACUUUGUCUACGUCGCCAAGCUCGCUGAGCAAGCUGAGCGCUAUGAUGAAAUGGUGGAUGCCAUGAAGAAAGUAGCUAAAUUCGAUACCGAGCUUACCGUAGAGGAGAGGAAUCUACUCUCUGUAGCGUACAAAAACGCGAUUGGUGCUCGUAGAGCAUCAUGGAGGAUCUUAUCAUCGAUUGAGCAGAAGGAGGAAGCGAAGGGAAAUGAUCAAAAUGUGAGGCGGAUCAAGGGGUAUAGACAGAAGGUCGAAUCGGAGCUUUGGAGUAUUUGCAAUGAUAUAAUGACUGUGAUUGAUGAGCAUCUUAUUCCUUCGUGUUCUGGCGCAGAGUCCAGUGUGUUUUAUUAUAAAAUGAAAGGGGACUAUUAUCGGUAUUUGGCUGAGUUCAAGGCUGGAAAUGAGAGAAAAGAAGUUGCAGAUCAAUCAAUGAAGGCUUAUCAGACAGCUUCUACUACAGCAGAGGCUGAGUUGCCUCCUACACAUCCCAUUCGGCUGGGUUUAGCCUUGAACUACUCAGUUUUCUACUAUGAAAUUUUGAACUCUCCUGAAAGGGCCUGUCACCUUGCCAAGCAAGCAUUUGAUGAAGCUAUCUCUGAGUUGGAUUCUUUAAGUGAGGAAUCUUACAAAGAUAGCACAUUGAUCAUGCAGCUAUUGAGGGACAAUCUCACCUUGUGGACCUCUGACAUCCCUGAGGAUGGAGUGGAAGAAGCUCAGAAGCUGGACAACAGUGCUAAAGCUAAUGGUGGUGAAGGUCUAGAGUGAAACCGACACUGGUACAGUGAUUGACAUUAUGACAUGUCCAGUGAAAGUUAUAGAAUUUUUAGGAAUUAUUUUUAAUUGCCAAGAAAUUCAAGAUUUCUGUUGUGAUAAUAUUUGAUGUUUGGACUGCCAACUGCUUUUUCAUCUUGUUAGCAAUAACCAAAAUUGAAAGGAUUGUAAAGGUUGCUAUAGGAGCCUUUUCUUUUGUUUCUUUGCUGUUUGCUGAAUAUUAUUUCAGGAUUAGCUAUAUUUAUCAUUCUCUCUA